UACUUGACUAAUUAUCCGUUUUACAAUUAACCUUAACAUUAUAUUGAUUAAUAAUGGAUUUCAAUCAUAUCUCAGAUUAUUAGGACACAACAUAAUCUUAAUUUUUUCUUCUCGUUUAUCCACUUGAAUGUCUUUUUUCCGAAUACCUGUAUUUCCCCUUUACCAACAGUUUCCACUUCUUGUUUCUCAUCGUCAUCAUCAGCAUCAUUUUCAAUCUAAUUAAGUUUUUACCAGGGUAAUUUUACCUUACCCAUUGAUCAGUUGAUUCCUUGGUCCGUGUUAACAUUUAAUUAAUCACCAUUAACCUUAUCAUUUACGAUAAAUAGUAUAUAUAUAAAUAGGAUUGUGUUUCCAAUUUGUGAUCUUUUCCAUUUGUUAACAAGUUGAAUUUUUAUUUCUCUCUUGGUUUUUUUUUCUUCCUUUUCUUUUUAUUAUAUCGAAUGUGAUUUUGUAAUUACAAAUUUUUUUUAGGUAAUUGAUAAGUUGAACAAUCAAAUUGGUGCCAUUAUUUUGUUAAUCAUAUAACCAUGUCUACGGAAAGAAGUGAACUCAAAGUAGCCCGUUGGUAUUUCGGUGGAAUCGCUUCAGCAAUGGCGGCCUCAUGUACUCAUCCACUUGAUCUAUUAAAGGUUCACCUUCAAACAAGUUUCACCGGAGGACAAGGAGGUCAAACUGUUACUACUGUCCAACCAACUCUAGUCACUACAACGGUUUCAAUUGUCCGUAAUCAAGGUGUUAUCGCUCUUUACAAUGGUCUCACUGCCUGCUUAUUGCGACAAUUAACUUACUCAACAACAAGAUUUGCUGUUUAUGAAGUAAUUAAACAAAAAUUGGUUACCAUUGACCCCAAUGACCCCAAGAGUAUACCCAACAUGCCAUUUUAUCAGAAAGUUUUAGCUGCCGCUUUUUCUGGUGCCGUUGGUGGUUUAGUUGGAACUCCGGCCGAUAUGGUUAACGUACGAAUGCAGAAUGACAUUAAAUUACCAUUGGAUAAGAGAAGAAAUUACGCUCAUGCUUUUGAUGGUCUACUUCAAGUAUACAAACACGAAGGUGUCUCUCGAUUGUUCAAUGGAGCGACUUCGGCCACUUCGAGAGCAGCUCUGAUCACAAUUGGACAAAUUUCGAUGUACGAUCAGUUCAAAUAUAUGAUGAUGAAAUAUGCACCUCAAGUAUUUGAAGACAAUUUAACUACUCAUUUUACCGCGAGUUUCCUUGCCGGGGCCUGUGCAACAACGAUGACCCAACCAUUAGACGUGAUCAAAACCCGAAUGAUGAACGCACCACCGGGCGUUUACCGAGGAAUAGGUCACUGUGCGUCUACAGUUAUCAGUGAACUUGGACCAUUAGGUUUCUUUAAAGGUUAUGUUCCCGCUUUCGUUAGACUUGGACCUCAAACUGUUUUAACGUUUAUAUUUUUUGAACAGUUACGAAUCAGAUUUGGUAAAUCUCGUUGAAAAUUCAAUCAAAUUGAAUCAAAUCUCAUUGAAUGAAAGUUCAAGGCGGGAGAAAAUCAACCGUUAAUCACUUAUUCAUUUAGUACAAGAAACUAUGUGAUUUGUUAUCAUUGUGUUUUCGUUUGUAAUUGUGAUUUAAAUUUGAUGUUUUUCAUCAUUCUUAUUAUUGACACUUGACCUUAGAUUUUUUUGCUCUCUCUCAAUUCUAUCAGCUGUUAUUUUUUCUCAUUCUUUUAAUCCUCAUACUCAUUAUUACUUAGCUCUCAAAUAUCCAUUCCUUUGCAAUAUAUGUAUUGUGUGUCAAACUUAAUCGAUAAAUUGUUCAAUGUAACUUGGAAAUUGAGAUAAUAUAUUAAAUCACUUGAAAAGUUUA